UUAUAUCAAAGAAAAAAAUGGAUUUGACAGUUUCUAUAAUGAAGACAGUAUAUAAGAGACUUUAUUCAUAAUUUUGACUUCAAAUCAUAAUACAUUUAUUUAGUAUAAAUAAACAAGUUGUAAAUUAUAGUCUAAUUUAUCAAAAAUAAUGAAGAUUUUCUGGUAUUCCAUAUUAAUUAUUUGUGUUAUAUAUAAUUGUUUUCAAGGAAUAAAUUCAUUGGGUAUAUUUUUGACUAACCCAGAAGUAAAAAAUUAUGUAAAAGUAUUUAAUAAAUGUAAAAAUUCAGAGUUCGGUGCAAUGAUUAGGGAUCUUGCAUUAAAUAUAGAAAAAUCAGAAAAUGGAUCAAAUAAUUACACUAAUAAAAAUGGAUUUCUAUCUGAACCAGAAAUAAAAAAUCUAGUAAAUGCAUUAAAAAUAGAAAAACAAGAAAAACGUAUAAAUAAAAGAUGAUAACUAAUUUUAAAAUCUUUCUAUGAUGAAAAACACGUUCAUUAUACAAACUAUGGAAGAAUAUAAUUUUAUUGAUGUUGGCAUAAAAAACUUAGAAUUAUAAUUUAAAAAUUGUGUAUCAUAAUUUAUUCUUAAUAAACAAAUUUUACCUAAAUUAAUAA